CAUAAACCCUACAGGCUGCCAAGUUUGCCCAGACACUACGACAAACCAACCACCCAACUUUGAUCCAUUUGGCCCCCAAAUGUGCCAUUGGAUAACUCAACUUGAUUGUCAAAUCGAAUAUGGUUUUCCUAUCAUUACGUUUCUUGCCUGGAUAUUAGGUACUCUGCUUAAGAGUUGGACUGUCUUCUGAAAUGAUAGACCCUAGAUCCUGGCAAGGCUGGAUUGCCAGGCAAGCUGGGCGUUCCAUUUUUGGUGGGCUGAUUAGCGCGCGGGGAAGACGCCAAGUGGGUUUUGAGUGUCGCAUCCUUAGUGGAUGGUCCCCUGGAUUGAUGCCAUCGGUUCCUGGAGGAUCUCAAGUACAGCCAACUUUUUUUUUUUUUUUCAAUUUACCAACAUCUUUGUCAAAUUGUGAUUGGAGUUGACCUUUUUCAUUCCGAUCUUCUUCUCUUCAGAGCUUUGCCUCGGAGAAUUGACUACAACAAUGGCUGGCAAGCUGUGGUUCCAGGAAGCGCGUCGGCGACUGCUGGGAAGGACCAACGCAGACUCGGAUGGAAUAGAACACCCCACCGCAGCAGCGAAAGACGUCGCAACUACAGAUCCCGCGCCGCAGAAUAAGAACCGUCCAGAAAACAGACGUGCAACCCGCGAAGAACUCGAGUCCACAACAGAUGAGCAGCUCUCAUCCCUCUUCUUCACGCGACUGCCCCCUGAACUACGUCGCAUGAUCUACGCUCAGGUCUGGUCCGACGCCGCCGGCAACGGCCGCAUGCACCUCGACUCGGGUGGCAUCGCAGAAGCUCCUCUGCGGCAUGUACCUUGCAUCGUAGGCCACGUUCAGCCCGGGGGUGUCAACGCGGCCGGUACGCAGCACCCUGAGCAAGGGAUGCUGUGGUGGACGCAGAACCAGCUCCUCGCGCUGCACUGGGCCGCGCAUGCAGAGUGCGCUAGGGCGAGGCGCCUGAGGCCAAUACGCGAUACCAGUGUGCCUGAUCCACAGCUUGAGGGAGAGCAGCCGGAGCAGGGCAUAUUCAUGCCCUUGUUUCUGACCUGCAAGCGAAUGUACUCCGAGUCAAUAACGACGCUCUUCGAGACCACCACCCUCAUCUUUCAGUCAUCGCUCGACGCGACGACCUUCUUCUCGCCCCCGAAAGACAGCCUGCCCAACCGCUACUUCCCAAUGCUACGAUCGAUCGAGAUCAACCUUGUUUACGAAUAUGACCACGUAUACCUGCACAGCAUUGCGAACCCAGAGGGUCAUCCCAGACUACCAGGUGCCGAGGGUGUGGUCGUUGGAAUAGCUGCGUGGGACCGACUUGUCAGGGCUCUUGCGGCGGCCGCUCCGGAGCUGGGCGGUUUGGAAGUUUUUAUUGGCGGGAUGCCACCGACGGGGAAACGUGGAUUUGCGGACACGUUUGACUUUGUGGGGUGGAGACCGGAAAGGUUGAGGUUGCGAUUCACAACGGAUUUAUAGCAGUGAUUAUAGGCCAGUUGUCCGGAAGCACCGGGUACCAGCAGUCGAUUAGUGCAUGAAAUCACAGACAAGCCUAAAAGCAGUCGAUGGUGCCAGGAAACUCCCUGGCUGGUUUGGUAUAAGUAAAGUGUUGGCGCCGGCGCCCGAAAUUACUGCACAACUCUCUGCCACAAUGGGAGGAGGCGAUGUUUCGUCUUUGAUGGGUUGACAGUAUCAAGGUAGCAUGGCAUCCCGGGUUAUCUAACAGUUGCGACUACAUAUCAUCAAAUCUACGCACGCAGGGGAUUCGCAUUCGCUGGCGACAGUUG